AUGUUCUACUCAUCUGAAAUUCUCGCGCAACGAAGUGCUGAAUUUUAUGUAAUUUGGCAAUUAUCAAAUGGAAAUUCCAUGGAUAAACGUUCAAUGCAGGAUCUGAAUGUAUCGGAUCUUUGUAGAUCAAUCGAACGUAUGAUUCCAAAUAUAUCAGAUUUUCGUGGUAGUUCGAAGAAAAUGUCACUUUAUCUGUUGGCAAAAUUGAUGUUUGGAACUGUAUUGGUAUUUCGAGAACAAGUCGUCUUCUUAGAGCGUGAGUACUUCUAGAAUUGUUUCGAAAUUUCUUAAUGAAUGUUAAUAUUUUUAGGAGAUAUUCGUGGUUUGAUAGAUUCUUUGAAACAAGGUCAUUCGAUUUUGAAAUUUGCUAAGAAAUUCGAAAAAGAACUUCGGGAAAAACAAAGAGAAGCUGCCAACAGAUCAAGAUCCACUAGAAUUCUUGAACUUGAUGAUGGAGAAGAUCUUGCCGAUUUAGAGAAGAUCAGCAGUGGUUUAGGAGUACGUUCUUGAAGAGAAAUGUAAAAAAAACGUAUAUUUAAUUUUCAGAUCAAUGCAAAUCCCAAUGACAUCACUUUAUACGAUGAAAGCGAUCUUCGAUUAGCAAUGCAUCAAUAUAUACAAGAUGAUCUUAUUCCAGAAAUCGAUCUUAUUCCGUGAGUUUUUUGUCUUAUGAAAUCUUCAACCUCAAAUAAUGAAUUUCAGAACUGUCAAUCAAAUCACCUUUGUUGAUGGUCAUUCUUCGGAUAAUAGUGAUAAAGGUGGUAUGAAAGAAAUCAUACAAAAGGACGAUAAUCGCGCGAAGAAAAGAAAACAUGCGGAAAUUCAAGAAUUCGAACCAGCUGUCAAUCCAAAAAAGCCACAACAAUUCGAAGAACCACAACCUGUUCCAGAAAUUGUAAUGCCUGAAAUUCAAAAUAUUAUUGAUCCGAUUGUUGAUAUCACCACGAACAAGACGCAUGAAAAUGUCGAUCCAAUUGAAAAUAUUAUUGAUAUUCCAAUUCCAAUUGUUGAAACACCAACAAUUCCACAAAUUGAAGAAGAAUUGGAUGAAUUAUCUGCGAAAAGAUCAAAGUUGGAGAAUAUUCGUAGAGAAUCUAGAAAGAAAACACCAGUGGGUCAAGCGACAUUUCAAACGGAUAGAACGAAUGCGUUCGAACCGUUAGAACUGGAUUCAAUUGUUGAAGAUUUGAAUAAACCGAAGAAGCAAAGAGUCCGACGUCAGAAUGUUUAUCAAAAUGUGCAAAUUGAUGAAGAAGAAAUGGUGGAAAUGCGACAAGAUUAUAGUGCACUUUUGAGAGACAAAAAUGAUGUUAUAAUUAGUUCGGAGAAAGUUUAUCCAAGUGUCCAACAACUUCUUGAUCCAGUUCCGCUUUUUAUGCGAACAAAGAGUGAGUGAAAAGCAUUUUUACAAAAAAAAAUCACGAAAAGUUUUUUUAUAGAAUUGCCAGCCGAAUUGUAUAGUCUCUACGGAUCAGCAAAAUUCGAAAAUAUUGGAACUCGUGUUAGAGAUGAGGAUGAAGAAAGUUCGAUUGCUGAUUCAAUUGAGAAGGAUAGAAGAGAAGUGUUUUUCAGCACAAUGUUGCUGCCACCACUUGAAGAGUUAGUUUUUUCCUUUAGUUUCCUAAUUUUAAUAACACUUUUCAGUAUCACAUUGAUGGCGGAACAACAAAUCGAUCAAAUUGAUCAACAACUGUUAGAGCCAAUCGAUAUUCCGAUGCCAAUCCCUGAGCCAAAUCAAGAAUUAUAUUCGAAUGAAAAUGUUCGUUUAUCAACUGGAAUGAUUGAUCCAAUUGUCGAAAAACAAAGAAAAUCGACUUUGUACAAUUCGGAACCUCUCAUUGAAUCACUCGAAACGGAUCCUCAAACACAAGUUACAACCCAGGAAGCAUCAAAUGAAUUUUAUUUCUCAUCCGGAUCAUUGAUUGAUGCCAGAUAUAAAUUAGAAGAUGAUUUGAUUGAAUCCAUCAAAGAUGCACAUCCGGAUUGGUACAAUUUCAAUGAAUUCACGCAAAAUAUGAACAGAAAAAAGGCUGCUUGCGCGUUUGACAUCAUUCUCGGUUAGUUUGAUUUCAAAAGUUUCCCGCAUGCUCCCAAAAAAUUGGAACUCACAUUGCAAUUUUUUGAUAAGAAAUAUCCGAGUACAAGAAUGCAACAUUUUAUUUUCAAAUAAUGAAAUGCUUCUAAAUUUUUUUCGAGUUAAAUGAAGAAAAAGAGACAGCGUGAACUAGAAAUUGAGUACACGUAUAAAUUGUAUUGCAAGCGGGGAAAAUUUCAUUUCGAAUUUUGUAGACUUAUUUUUCUAAACAUUUCUGUAAAAACUCCUGAUUUUUCAAAUUUUUUCCAAAAAAAAAAUUCAAAUUUUCCAGGAGCUCUGAAAGACCAAAAAUUCGAAGUCAAACAAGAAGGGGCUUUCGAGCCAAUUUAUUUGCGAGAAAUCCGCGAAGAAAUGUCAACAAUGAGUAUCGAUAGUGGAUCAUCUCAUUCUCUCCACUAA